AUGAAUUUUACUGAAUUACUUACAAUUGUUUCAAACAGUGAUACUGGAAUUAGCUUUUUACAAAAACAUAAUAUAAUUAAAGUUAGUGAAGUGUGUGAAAAUGGCCAUAUAAUGUUUAUCAAGGGAUCGCGAUGGCGAUGUCAGAAAAGAAGUUGCCGAAAGGAAAAAGGAUUAAGAAUUAAUAAUUGGCUAACUGGCUCUAGACUACCAAUACACACAAUUGUCCAUUUCAUAUACUACUGGGCCCGAGAAAUGUCUUCAGUAACAUUUUGUAAACGUGAAUUAAAUAUGGGACAAAAUGCUGUGGUUGAUUGGAGUAAUUAUCUACGUGAGGUAUGUGUAUGGAAGCUUGAAAAUAAUCAAAAUAAAGAAAUUGGUGGACCCGGUCUUUUUGUUGAAAUAGAUGAAAGUUUAUUUGUGCGUAGAAAAAAUAAUGCUGGGCGUAUUCUGCCACAACAAUGGAUUUUUGGUGGAAUAUGUCGGGAAACUAAAGCGUGUUUUAUAAUCAGUGUACCAGAUCGAUCGGAGAAAACUUUGUUACCUAUAAUACAAAGAUAUAUAAGACCAGGCUCAAUAAUUUUGUCAGAUUGUUGGAAAGCUUACAAUAAUUUGCAGCAAGUGGGAUUCAAACAUAAUACUGUAAACCACACGUAUAAUUUUGUCGAUCCGGACACAGGGGCUCACACCCAACAUAUUGAGAGGUUGUGGGGUUCUGCUAAAUGGGGCAAUAAAAAGCGUCGUGGAACUAACAGAAAUUUUCUAGAAUCAUAUUUGGCAGAGUUUAUGUGGAGAACACGUCUCGGAGAACAAGACGCAUUUGAAACUAUCCUCAAAGAUAUUUCCGAAUUCUGGCCUCCAUUAUAA